AUGGAUCCCGUUCAGGAACCCUCCGAUACCCCAACGGAGCCAGCUGUUCCAAGCGUCCCAGUUACUACAGAUGCUUCAAACACACUUGAUCGACCACAAGAAGUCGAACAGGCCUCAAACACCGAAAUGGAUACCUCGGAAGACACCACACAGCCUCCCCAGGAGGCAGUUUCUGCGGAGACUCAGAACCCCGAACCUGCAUCGGAAGCUGCUCCUGAAAUUGCACCAGAAGUCCCAACGGAAACCGUAACAGAACCCACAACAGAAACGACAACAGGAAUCGCGACAGACGCUCCCAUGCAAACCGAUGCUCCGGCAGCAGAAGCCACAGAAGAGCCCAACCCCACAGCUACCGAGGAGACUACGGAGGAAACGACUCAGCCCACAGAAACUGAGUCUACUGAACAGACAGAGGCUCCGGCCCCUCCGGAAGAGGAGCCUGCCACCUGGGCAGGCGUUGAAGAGGACACAUCUUCUCCUGAUGAAGAGGAAUUGAAAAAGAUAGAGGCUAGCGAUGGCGAUUACAGUGCUUUGGAAUACGAUUACUGGGAAAAAUCCUUCUACAGUGAUGUCGAUGACCCAGAGUAUCGACCAGCCGAGAAAUCUCGUCUCACAUGGCAAAUCAAAGGUGUGCGAGGCACCAAGGAAAAGCCAAACCGAGCAAAGGUUAUGCGUUCUCCGCCUGCAUACGUUGGAGGAUACUGGUGGACCAUCAAGUUUUUCCCGCGAGGAAACGGAAGCCAGUCCUUGAGUAUUUACGUUGAAUGCUCGAAGGACAUGCCGAACAUCGAUGAGAAACUUCCUGAAACCGAAUUCACCGUCCGCUCUGGUGCCGCUACGGACAAUUUGAAUGAAACCGAGCCAAAAAUGAGCAUAAAGAUCCCUGCCUUGGAAAACUCUCAGGAGUGGUAUGAGAACUACAAGAAAUGCUACGGCUAUACUGGUGUCGAUUGCACCCCCACAGACACUACUGCGGGAGAGUCCAAGAACGUCUGGAGGGUUUCUGCACAGAUUGGCGUUAUCAUGUAUAAUCCUAACGAACCACGCACAGGCUGGAUGCAAUCUUCCUGCCAUCAAUUCAACCCACACAACCUUGACUGGGGCUGGACAUAUUUCCACGGUCCUUGGGACGAGAUUCACCUUCGCCAGAAGGGUCAGCGCCAAGCUCUGUUGCGCAAUGAUACCCUGGCUUUUGAUGCCUACAUCCGGGUCUUUGAUGACCCAACGCUAUCUCUGUGGUGGCAUCCAAGUGACUCGGAGCCAGUUUGGGAUAGUCUUGCUGUGACAGGUUACCGCCCAAUUGGUGAUUCUGUCAUCAACCACAGCGCUGAAGUGGCGGGAUUAGCUGCAUGGGUCAACCUUGCUCCUUUCAGGAAGAUCAUUCAGAGCGUAGAUGUUCAGGAACAUCGCCGCAACUGCAAUGUUAAACCCCGUCCUUUGUGCGAAGCUUUGCAGGAAUUUUUGUGGCGGUUGCGUCAUCAGAACCCAGAGAACCAGUGCGUCGAUACUGACAAAGUCACGUCAACCCUGCGCAACCUGCAUGAGUAUUCGAGCGAUGUGGUUGAAUUCUGGGAGAGAAUGCGACGAACUUUAGAAAUUGAGCUUGAAGGCACCGGUGCUGUCGAGGAGCUUGCUCAACUUUUCGAUAGUCCGCCUGUUGCAGUGAGUGAUCCACAGGGAUCAAAUGUCACUCACACCUUGCCUACUCAGCUCAUCACCAGUGUUCGUAUCCCAGUCGACAAGGAGAAGACUAUUCAAGGUGCUCUUGGCCGGUACUUUAAAGAGCAGUCUGGCAAAUGGUCGUUGCCUCCUGUUCUUCACGUUGAACUUAACCGCCAACGCUUCGAUCAAUCCGCCCGCCAAUGGAAGCUCCUUUACAACCGAGUAGAUCUCGAUGAGGUUUUGGAUUUGGCACCAUAUGUUGCCAGUGGACAGUCUAGUGAAUAUGACCUUUACGGGUUUGUUAUACACCGUGGUCGUCGCACAUCUGGCAAGUUCUUCAGCAUUCUGCGACCUGGUGGUCCUGGCUCUAAGUGGGUCGCCUUUGACGAUGGCAGCCAUAACAGAGUUGAGUGCUUGACACGAAAGGCUGCUCUGGAAUCCCACGUUGGACUCGACGAUAGCAAGCUCAAGGAUGCCAAUGACAAGACUGGUCAUGACUUUGCAGUUGCGGCCCUUUACGUCCGCCACGAUGUCGCUCCAGAAUACCUCCCUGGAAAGUUGGAAGCUUGGGAUGUUGCUGAGCCACUUCGUACCUUUUUCGAGACAGAGUCUUACCAAACUGCGGCAGAUUCGGAGUCUGAGUCCAAAGCUGAGCAAACCGUUCAAGUUGAGGUCUAUGGCCUUCCUGUCAUCGAGGAGUCAUUUCCAAGUAUCUUUGACACCUAUGACUUGAUGUCCCAGGCCAAACGUACAAACAAUGCCAUGUAUUUGACUCUACCAAAAAGCACAUCUCUUGCCGAGCUUCGGAAGAAGAUUGCUUUUGCCAAAUCAGGUGAUGCCGAGCAGAUUGCCAGUCAUCGUGUGAAACUCUGGAAAGUGGGACAUACGAAGAAGCAGCUCGGUGCCGGUCUCUUGUUUGAUCGACAAGAUGAUUUGACUGAAACCUUGGCCAAAGAAGAUACGAUUGUGCGAUUCUGGACUCAUGUCUUAUCUGAAGAAGCAGCCAAAUCAUAUGCUAUUCCAGAGCCAACGGUCGUCAAGACAGUGGAAGAGAAGCCCGAGGAAACUGUGGAAGUGCGUGAUGUUCAGGACUCGGAUGAGGAGCGGCCUUCAGCCGAAGGAUCUGGAAGUGGGGCGGCAGCUAUCGCAGAACCAGAACAGACAGACGCUGCUCCUGCUCCUGAACCCGUUGAAAGCCAACAGUCUGAAGCUGCUCCUGUUCCAGCCGAGAAUGCCACAGCUGAUGUGACUGCACCCGAGGAAGCACCUGCCGCUGACAACACCAUCACAGCUACAACCGAUUCAGAGGCCAUGGAUGUCGAUGCUACAACAGCGCCAAACGCCGAGGAGCUAAGCACUGAAUCAGCACCUGCAGAAACCGCGCAGCCCACUCAGGAUGCGGUGCAGGAUACGGUAAUGGAAGAUUCGCCUUCUGACAGUCAAGAUACUAGUGCCGAGUCGACUCCCCACAGCACCGAUGCUCCUGCUGAGGUGCCAGAAGCUGUGCCAAGUGUUCCUCAUGUGUACUACUUUAUCCAGAUCUUCGACACUGAGAAGCAGGCAUUGAAACCAGCUGGUGCUUUUAUUUCGUCAUUGAGUGACAAUGUCAUGUCAGAGAUCCGCAAGAACAUGGGCUGGGAGGACAACAAGGAUUUCCUCAUGUGGUCUCGAAUUGACAACACAUCGGUCGUGGCUGUUUCACCUAGUGAUACAUUCUCCAUGUCCGUUGGCGAUGGACAUUGUUUUGUUGUGGGUGAUCGACUCAACAAAGAACAACGUGCCAAACUCGGGGCUGCUGGAUUAUUCACCAACCCUGACCGGCUUGUUCAGUACAUCUGGGCCUCAUCUCGCAGACACCCGACUCGGGCCUUCACCGGCACCAAAACUGUUGACGCUACAUUCAAUGGUGACUACUACAGCGGUGAAUUCAGCAAAGGGUACUAUCACGGCAAGGGUACUCAUAUUUCAGACACUGGCACUGUGUACGUUGGAGAGUUUAUCUUUGGCCAACGCCACGGCCAGGGUAAGAUGGAGUAUCCAUCUGGGGACACUUACGAGGGUGACUGGGUAGAAGACCAGCGCCAUGGCCAGGGUACAUUUAUCGAGAGCAAGACGGGCAACAAGUACGUUGGUGGCUACAAAGACGGCAAACGCCAUGGCAAGGGUAUCAGCUACUGGGAAGUGGCCGAUGAGGAGAUGGAUCUUUGCCAGAUUUGCUAUGGUGAAGAGCAAGAUGCUCUCUUCUAUGACUGUGGCCACGUUUGUGCGUGCGUAACUUGUGCUCGUGAAGUUGAGAUUUGCCCUAUUUGCCGCAAGAAUGUGCUCAAGGUGGUCAAGAUCUACAAGAUGUAG